GCAGCAGGAGGAGAAGAGGAGCGGAGGUCUGGAGAGAGAAACGCCGCAGCAGGAGCUUCAUCACACGGACACCGUGCAGCUCUGUGAGCGCUGUGUGACGACGAGAACCGGAGCAACACGGAGGACAUGGACGAUCAUCGUCCAGAGUUACACAACAACAUGAACAGAAGCUCAGUCAUGUUCACUGUGAUCCUGUCACUGCUGCUGCACAGCGCCUCCUCUUCGUCGUCGGAGACUCAGAAAGAAGCCGGCGCUAACGACAACAGCACGGUGUUCACCAGGAUCCUGGACGGACUCCUGGACGGUUACGACAACCGGCUGAGGCCGGGACUCGGAGAGAACGUGACGGAGAUCAAGACCAACAUCUUUGUCACCAGCUUUGGACCUGUGUCUGACACUGAGAUGGAGUACACCAUCGACGUGUUCUUCCGUCAGAGCUGGAAAGACGAGCGUCUGAGCUUCAAAGGUCCCAUGGAGAUGCUGCCGCUCAACAACCUGCUCGCCUCCAACAUCUGGACGCCCGACACCUUCUUCCUCAACGGCAAGAAGUCCAUCGCCCACAACAUGACCACGCCCAACAAGCUGCUGCGCCUGACCGAGGACGGCACGCUGCUCUACACCAUGAGACUGACGAUCUCGGCAGAGUGUCCCAUGCAGCUGGAGGAUUUCCCCAUGGACGCUCACGCCUGCCCCCUGAAGUUUGGCAGCUAUGCGUACCCAGUGUCAGAGGUGGUCUACACGUGGACCGAUGGAGCAGCUCUGUCUGUGGUGGUGGAGAAGGACGGAUCCAGACUGAACCAGUAUCAUCUGAUCGGACAAACGGCCGGGACAGAGGACAUACACACCAGCAGAGGACAGUACACCGUGAUGAUGGCCCACUUCUACCUGAAGAGGAAGAUUGGAUAUUUUGUCAUUCAGACGUAUAUGCCCUGCUUCAUGACGGUAAUCCUGUCCCAGGUGUCCUUCUGGCUGAACAGAGAGUCGGUUCCUGCGAGGACAGUCUUUGGAGUGACCACGGUGUUGACCAUGACCACGCUCAGCAUCAGUGCCAGGAACUCGCUGCCUAAAGUGGCCUACGCCACCGCGAUGGACUGGUUCAUCGCCGUCUGCUACGCUUUCGUGUUCUCGGCGCUGAUUGAGUUUGCCACAGUGAACUAUUUCACCAAGAGGAGCUGGGCCUGGGACGGGAAGAAGGCUCUGGAGGCGCAACAUCCCAAAAAACGUGACCCCAUGAUUCUGUCGAAAAAGCCCAACAACGUUUGCUCGGCCGGCAGUGGCGGCGUCAACUACACGCCCAACCUGACCAAGGACAUAUCCAUCUCCACCAUCUCCAACAUGACGUCGGUGCAGCUCCGCACCUCUGAGGCCAAGAUGGUGGACCCCAAGAAGACGUACAACAGCGUGAGCAAGAUUGACAAGAUGUCACGGAUAGUGUUCCCCGUCCUCUUUGGAACCUUCAACCUCGUGUACUGGGCCACGUACCUGAACAGAGAACCCGUGGUGAAAGGAGUCGCCGCCUCAACGUAAUCGCUCUCUCUAUUUUUUGAUUUGUUUUAUCUGGAGCGCGUGGACUUAGAGGACUCGUUGUAAGGUCUUGACAAGAAAAGAAAAAAAUAUAAACAAAUAUCUGCGCUUGAAGAACAAAAACUAUACUCAACUAUCUAAUUCAAGCACUUGGAAUGGAUGCAAGGCUGCGACAGAAUCUCCUUCUCCCCUGAACUUCAUGGCCUGAAAAACUGCUUUUAAGACUGUAAGACAAACCAGAGUGCGGUGCUUUUGCUUCAUCUCAUCCCUGCUGCAGUUUGCAUGAAAACGCGCCAAAAAAAAACUAAAGAAAAAAACCCUGACUCCUCUUUGUCUUGAAUGACGACCGCGUGUUUAAGUGUCGAUCACUGCUUCACAUAUAAAAGCACAUUCACCACCAUCAUCAUCACCACGACGUCAGAUUCUAACGCUAUGGCGCAAACAAACUGCAAUACAGCACGUGCUUGAGUUUUUAAAGAAAGAUUAAUGCUGCAAGUGCA